UAGCCGCAGGAGGACGAAAACGUCAAAGUUGCACCCCGACUUUAGCCCAACUAUCUAAAUCCAUGGGAGAGGAUUUUUCCUUUUUGUCAUCUCGUCUUGGCGCUUAUACAGGAAAGCGUUCCCAGGUCUGCCUGUGUGAAUCACGACUCCUUAUCCUCAUCCUCCUCCUCCUGCUCCUCUUAACGCCUUAUUCAUGGGGGCGUUUUCUCUGACAUCGUAAUUACCGAUUAAAUUGUGUGCGAGUGUUUUGGUGUAAUUGUAAAGUAGUAGGGUAUGCUGAAGGAAGAUGGCACUGAAACUCAAUUUUCCUACAGCCCGUGCUUCUUCAUCCAAGCAGGGAUUUUUACCAUGCAGACAGAUGGAAAACUACAUUGUAAGUGUCAAACCAAAAGGGAUGUGUCAAUUUACCCAGCCCCAUAUAUUGUGUGCAAUGAAUAUGACUGCAGGACGGUCAGAUGAAUCUGGGAAGCUGAAAUUUGACCACAUUGUUCACAAGGCUAAACAACUCUGGGAUGGUUCUCCUCAGCCUGUCAAGAGUUUCCCUUGGAAUAGAGCAUUUGACAAUUUCAUUCAGCUCAUUCUUGACACUGCCUUGGUGGUUAUCAAAUACUUGUCUCUACCCAUAUUUGCUGUUUCUUGCCUUAGCGAAAUGUCCUACUGUGCACAUGAGAGGAAACUAUAUUUCGUCCCACUUCCAUUUCUUGUUGGCGCUGCUGUUGCUGGGAUCUUGAGAACAGCAGCACUGGAGUCAUCUCCAUCUCUUAAGAAUGCAGAAGUCCCCUGGCAUCUCAUUGCGGUUGCUAUAUUUUUCACAUUGAUAAAGUGGCCAGGGCCAUACUAUCCAUACUGGGGACGUCUUCUAAUUCCACAUUUUGCAAAUGGCGCAUUGUUGAGGACUCUGUGGUUCACAUUUUUAUGGUAUAGAAGACCAAAGAAGUCAUCAGAAACUACAGUGGGUGCAUCCACGGCUAGUACAGAAGACACCGUCUGAUAUGUUGAAAGGACAUUUGACAGUUUUGCUUCCUUUUGCAAAUUAUGUUGAGCAUUCAGAGGCAGGAACUUCAGCUUAUCAACACAAGAACAAUAAGACGUUUCUGGUUUUGGCUCAAAUUUUUGAACUUACCACAUGCUUUUGGUCAAAUUUGUUUGGGCGAAGCUACAAUGUACUCUGGACAUUUUUGUGAUUUGAAGCAUUUUGGCUGAUAUGACAAAUGGUCAGGCUUCCACAGUGUAGCUGUUCAAUGGGUGUUUGGCGCGUAAGCCCCUGUAAGGAAGUUGGUCCUCUCCAACAGUCGAAACCCCGCACCACAACCCCCAGAAUUUUAGGCUUCAAUUUGGGACGGUUGUCAAUUUAUACCACAUCUAGUGCGUUGAACUGAGAAAAAAAAAAUUUUGGGGCAAUGUCGAGAUUAGUAAAACUUCUCCUGUUUACAACUUGGCUUACUCUUGUUACGAAACAUGAUUUUGGGUUGCAGUGGUUUUGGUUUCCAAGUACUUGAAACUGAGCUGCGACAGACCUUUAAGAAUCAAUAAUGAGUCUGCAUUAAAUUCCCUUCGUUUCAA